AUGUGUUUCCGGUGUGGUAAGUCGGGACACAUUUCCCUCAACUGCAUAGAGCCUCAUAAGAAGAAUGAUGAUGAUCAGGACAAGAAUAAGAAAGCAAAAGCUCGAGUUUUUGCAUUGAAUCAGCAUGAGGCAGAGCAGGAUCCGAAUGUGAUAGCAGGUAUUCUAUUAUUAUCUGAUGUACCUGCUUACGUACUUUUUGACUCCGGGGCUACAAAUUCUUUUAUCUCUGCAUCCUUCGUCACUAGGUCAAACUUCGCAUGUGUGAAAACGAAUUAUGAAUUAGAAGUUAGCAUCCCUUUAGGAAGAACUUUGAGACCUAAUCACGCGACCAUUCGAUGUCACGAGAAAGAAGUAUUGUUUCAUAGACCGGGAGAGGAAGAAUUCCGUUUCUUUGGAUCAAAGUUCAAGUCUUUGCCUCGUCUUGUAUCGACUAUUCAAGCGGAAAAGAUGUUGAAAAAGGAGUCAUGUCAAGGAUUCUAG